ACGAGAAGGCUGCGACACAAACGUGUGAUGGGAUUUUUUUAUUUUUAAAAAACAAGGAAAAUGGCUUCAGCAAAUGGACAGACCUGGGAGAAUUGGGACAUGUCAGGACAGAGCUGGGAAAGUUGGGACAUGUCAGGACAGAAACUGAAGACCCUUUCUCAGAUUCCUCAAGUACAUGUUCAUUUGUGUACAAGUGUGGAUUUGCAGAGGAACAAACUGAAACGUGCCAUCGGCAUUUCAAAAUUCACCAACCUCACAGAGUUAAAUCUCUCCAGGAACAAAAUCGUGGAGUUUUCUGAGGAAAUGCGUCACCUGCACAAACUAGAGAUACUCUACUUGAACCAGAAUAAUAUUAGAUCAAUUGCAGAGGGAAUCUUCCCUGAUCUUAAAAACUUAAAGUUCCUAAAGCUCAGCAACAAUCGAUUGGCCAAGCUUCCUUCAGAUAUCAGCAAAUGCACAAGUAUAAUUUAUCUUGAGCUUUCCAAGAACUACCUGCAAGACAUCCAACCAUUAGUUGGAUUACCGAAACUAAAGGAGGUUUUGGUUGAGAAGAACCAAUUGUGUGAGCUUCCAUCCCAGCUUUUUGAGAAAGAUACUUGCAAACUGACAGUGUUUGAGGCCAGAGGGAACCCACUGAGAUGCCCACCAGAGGAGGUCUGUGCUGGAGGAGUCUUGGAUAUUCAGAGUUAUUUCCUCCAAAUGAAGGAGAACCCAAAUGAACAUUCUGCCUGGACGGUCAAGACAAUCUUCCUGGGCUCGUCAAUGGCAGGGAAGUCCACUCUGUGCCGCAGCCUGCGGGAAGGGAAGCCUGUGGCAGUGGCAACGAAGGACCGGACUGUAGGGAUUGAAAUCAGUCAACUGUACACUCAGGGAGUUCGUUUCCUCCUCUGGGACUUUGCGGGACAUGAAGAAUACUACCUGACACACCAUGUCUUCAUCACACAAAGGGCCCUUGUCAUCCUUGCCAUCGAUUUAUCCAGCUACAGCGUUGCAGACUCACAUUCGUUCAAAGACCAAGUGUGGUUCUGGAUAAACAACAUCCAGCUGCGUGUGCCCGACGCAGCGGUCAUGCUGGUGGGAACCCACUGUGACCAGUGUAGAGACCAAGAUGAAGUGAUGGAAAAGAAGAAGGACAUUGAUCAGAAGGUCAACUCCAUGCUGGAAAACAGAAGGAUGGUCUUAGAACAGCAAAAGAAAAAUCUGGAAGAAAACAAGGAUCCCUCUCUCUAUAUGGACCAGGUGGAUGAACUGGAUUGCCUUCUGGACUACAAUUUAAAGGUUCUGCAUCUCAUAACUCUUGACUGCACAAGAACUGAGGAAAUUGGGAAAUUCAGAAGUCAUAUUUUGGAUUGCAUUCAGACACAGAACCAGUUUCUGUGCUCUGAAACCAUCUUACCUAAAAGUUAUGAGGAGGUGGAGCAAGCCAUUCACAAGCUUAUUGCACUCGAGGAAAUUCCUCAACAUGGCAUUGUAUUACUUGAGGAACUGGGUGAUUUAAUUCAGAACCAUGUUACACAAAGUCGAGAGUUUCUCCAGUCCACGUUGUGCGUUCUCCUGCGGUACCUGCAUCGGAUUGGGGUGAUCAUUUGGUAUGAGGACAUCAAUGUACUAAGCGACAGAGUAUUCAUCCAUCCUUCAUUUCUCAUCUCAAUGUUCAAGACCAUUGUGAGACAUGACCUGCUGCAGCAGCUGGAGGGAGUCUCCAGACACCUCCUGGUGCAGGAAGGGGUUCUGAUGAAACAGAAGUUUACGUGGCUGGAUGACUUGAAGUGCAGAGCCACCGUUCACAACGCAGCUGUCCGCAUCUUGUUACGCAGAGAGCUGAAGAAACUGGUGGACGACGAUGACGACUUGGUCAGAGAGGUAGUGGGGACCAAGCAAGAGGAAGGCAUAGUGCUCACCCUGCUGCAGUACUUUGAGGUUUGCCUCCCAACUCUUAUCAGAAGUCCAAUAAAUCCUGAAGCACCAGAGUUCAUUCCUGGUAAAAAGAAGUGGGAGUCCGCCAGCGAGGCAAAGAGGGAUCCAGAUGGAGCCUGUCUCUUCCCGAUGUAUGUAAAAGACAACCUCAUAGUGUGCCAAAAAUGGGGCCAAGACAAACAAGACGACGUUGCUGUUCAUGUAUACUUCCUUCCUGAGAUUCCCCAUGGCUUCUUUCACAGAGUGAUCAUCAAGACGUGCUCGCUGUACCUGACUCACUGGGUGGGGAGAGACCACUGCCUGCUCUGCUGCGGGAACAGACUGGCUUUGGUCAGACUGAGGAACAAAGACGGAGAUUCAUUCAUAGAGAUCCGCUGCAGGAGGCCUGAGAAGAACCAAGAGUUUCGACAGCUGUGGGAUCUGAUUUUGGCGGUGAUGUCCAAGCUGUUUGUGCUGUCGAGGCAGUGGCCAGGACUGACCCUGCAGGUGCACACUCCCUGCCCAGAAAGAGACUGUCCCCACUACUUUACCUGGCGGGAUUGUCAGGAGCUUACCAACAUCAACUUCUACAACCUUGUGAAAGAGGACAAACUAGUUUGCCAGGGAGGUCAUACACGGAGGACAGAGCUACUUUUUCCAAAAGCUGCUGAUUUAUAGUGAAGAGUUUGAUGACGACCUCACAACUGAGAAGUUCGGCAUCUUCAGAAUCUUAACAGACUCCUUCAACAUGAAGACACCAUGCUAUUCUGCAAUGGCAUCUUAGAGAUAUACGUCAUGCUUACUAAUGUUAAUAUCUUCCUAACAUCUGCAAUGUUUUGCUGAUGUAAAGUGGAUGAACAAAGGAAUGAGUGAAUGAAGUGUGAAUAAAGGCACUGGAUGAAGGAAUGGUCAAAUCAAUCACUGCAACUGUAUCAUAAGACACAAUCUACUGUCAAUAGGAGGAGACUUCAUGGCCUGUUUCCAACAUUUAUUUGGUCAUAAAUAUGUUCCAGUCAAGUACUAUGGAAGCUGUCACCCUUUUGCAUCUAGCGCCAGUAGUUGGCAUUGAUGUUGAUGGUUGAUUUGUACGGACAAGAUGGCAGCAACCAGAAUGAGAUGUAUCUAAGUGGUUUAAAGGCAAACCAACAUGAAUGUAAUAACAUCAUAAACAGUUUAAUAUUGUUCAGUAAUCCACUAAACUACCUCACUGAGCUGCAGUCUGCACUCUAGAUGCUGAUAUAGCUUUGGAUAGAGGAAACAGAUGUUAAUAUUUGGUACUCUACAGAAAUAUAGGUUUGGUACAAAUCUUAUUCAGUGGACGAUGCACCAUAAAA